UAUUUUUUUGUUAUGUUUUGUUUAUGUUGUUUACAGGUUAUCACGUGUUUCACAUUGUUUAAGUUUUUAGAAGUUUUAUUUAUUUAUAUUAACUGUAAACGUGUUAAAUUGUAAUAGUACUUUUUGAGCAGUUGAGAUCUUCGAGCAGUUUUUAUAGGUAGGUUUUUGUAUAUAUUUUAGGUUGUUAAGAGUUCCCUAACACUCAAUAUGAACAUAAUUUCCAAUUGUGUGGGGCCGUUAUCAAAGGAUUAUUUAUCAAAACUCCCCCAUCACGUGACGCCUUGCACAAAUCUUCAUAGAAUACUGCCUAGUAAAGAAGGGUCUGCCGGUAUUGAAGGGCUGCUGAAUAAAUCAUUCCCGUACUCGUCAUCCGUGCCAGUCCCUCUCAUUCCACUCACCGAAUCGACCCGAAGUGCUCUAAAUGGUCUUGACCCAACAAUAAGUUUGAUAAGGGAGAAAAUGAAAUGGCAAAUGAAAAAAGACAAAAUUAUAUCAACUGUGAGGAAAGACAAGAAACAUAUUAGUGAAAAGAAGAUUAAAAAAGCUAAGAAGGCCUCUGCAGGCAGACAGGUGGAAGUGCCACGAGGCGUUGCUGUUCUAGCUCAACAUUUGGACCGGGACCCAGACCCUUAUUUCUCCGGAGUACAUAACUGGUACUACACAGGAGGGACUCUAGCGACACUGAGUCUAGACGAGGAUUACUACCUGCUACAUGGCGCUCAGUCUCAAUUGAAUUACUCAAAGGUGGUUGGAGGAAAACAAGCAAAUACAUCUAGAGUAGAUCUUGAAAAUGAUGACCCAAUUUUUCAAAUUACUUCCAACUCAAAAGGUGCUGCCGUGAGACAGACAUCCAGAGUAAGUGUAUUUUCUACAGUGGAGUCAGAAGAUGGAGAGUUUCAAUUGGCCAAAGUUCAUACAAUUUCAGAUGAUAACCAGCGAUUUCUGAAUGUUGCCUUGAAAGAGAACUCAAUAAGAAAAUAUAGCACUGUCUCCAACAAUGGUGUAAUCAAAUUAUGGGACACAGAAUAUUCUAAACAGUGCAUGGCCAAUUAUGACGUGGAACCAGGGGACGGAGUCAUUGUGACAGACUGCUGGAGUUGCCUGCAGUAUAUGGACAAAUACACUUUGAUGUGGGUUAACAGGUGUUGCCUUCACAUCUUUGACACCAGGGCGGGUCUGAGAGAGAGACAGCUGGCGUGGUGUCCCCGUAAGUUGACAGAGAUGUGUGAGCAACUGAGCUAUGUGGUCCCUAGCAGCCUAAGGGACCAGUUCGUGUACCCUGUCACCACUCACCAGGCCCUCACUCUGGACCUCAGGUUCGGCUUCUGUCAGCGCUGGACACACAUGAUGGCUUCCCCUCCUCAUUUCGGUUUUGCUCAAUCAAUAGGCCAAAACCGAGAGGUGAUAUGCCUGGGUAGCCAGAACCCAUCGGACUGUGUGGCCCUGAUAAAUGAAUGGUCAGGGGAGGUCCCACAGUCUCAGUUCAAGCCCUCCAGUCUGCCACCACCUGCCAGAGGACUCCAUCUAGCCCGCCAACAGGGACUUUGUCUCGAUCCUACUCUCACUCAGAGGUGUACCCAGAGUAUGACAGGGCUGUCAUAUCUGCCGUCAAACGAAGGCCUUCAGGUUGUGAGGCAGUCAGCUACUGCAGAUGUUUUUAUCCAACAGUUGACUUCCUUGGAGGCAGACUCUAUGCAGUUAACUGUCAGAGAUCUUGAAGCAUUUACUGAGUGGUCUGAGCCCACAAGGUCCCUACAGCGUGACGCUACCAGUCUCACAGUGUCACAAGUGGUUGACUUUGUUCCAGUAUUUAAAGCGCUAACAAGUAUCCCGAGUAUUCCGGUGAAGAGCACAGUGGAGAACAGAACAAAGAAUGUGGCCAGGUGGCAGAUGUCGAAGAAGUACCUCGAAGAUUGUGUGGACAUGUUGGCCAGUAAGAUGCUGGCAGUAUGGGAGGUGGAUGAUGAGGACGAGUGGGGUACAAACGAGGAGAUUGACACACUAGUGGAGCAGGAUCCAGCAGAGAAAGUACUCAACUGGCUCGACGCCUCGAAUCAUGCAGAUGAUAGGAACAUCACUGAUACAACACCUGUGAAGCCAACAGUUACGAGUACCCCAUUUCCUCUCCAGACUACACAUCAAGUAACAUCUCCUGCUCGCUCCUUGGACCAGCAGUCGUGGAUGUUUGAUCUGACACAGAUGACUCCUAGAGACGGACAUGAACCUACCCUCCUCUCCCCUGAUUCUGUUGAGCAGCAGAGGAAGAGGCAGAAAUUGUGUUACGAUUCCAUAGUGUCCACACCAGUCAAGCAACCAACAAGUGCCAAGAAACCACAGAGUUCAGCUAAGAAGAAGUUUGUGCCUGGUUUUUAGUUUCUUUUAUGUCGUAGGUGAUAAAUAUGUGUUUAAAUCUGUGAUAUUCCUAAAUUAAGUUUAUUAUAAAGUAUAAUUCGUUAUUUAAAACAUACAGCAUAAAAGCUAAAAACUUAUAUUCCUUUUAAAUUGUACAAAUUUUAACUGUAGUUAUAAUAUUUAUUGUUAACUAGUUCUGCCAAGUAGGUUUUCAAGCCUUAUCCUGUUUCUAUAUAUAUAUCUCCAAUAAUGUAUAUAUAAUAAUAAUAUCUAUAUAUAUAAAAGAAAGUCGUGUUAGUUACACUAUUUAUAAG